CACAAAUACUGUCAAGCCGGUAUUUUCCAAUGCACAUGGUGCAAUUGAUAGGCUCAGGGCACCACCCGAGCUCGGUGAUCAACCAAAGAGUCCCGCUUGGCACCCUCUCAAACUCCUUCACAAUGUAUUUCAAAGACUCCAUGGCAGAGUCUAUGCGGCGUCGUAGACUACAGCGGCAUUUUUGAUGCUGAAUGUCGCCAUCCCCUCUCGCGAUGCAUGGAGAGCACACGUGUUGUGAUUCUCGGGAGCCUAAGACAAGUCCCCAACAUGAUCGGACAAAUGCUUGACUCAACGGUCUUACUGGUGUUGGAAAAACGUCAAUGGCGUUCACCAUUGCUGAGGAGAUGA